CGCACGAUGCCGCUGGGACACGAGCCCGGCUGGAAGAAAAGGACCGACGACAUUCGGCGCAUCUACGAGUUCCGAGACGUCCUGGGCACGGGGGCUUUCUCUGAGGUGGUGCUGGCAGAGGAGAGGGCGACCCAGAAGCUGGUGGCCAUCAAGUGCAUCGCCAAGAAGGCGCUGGAGGGGAAGGAGGCCAGCAUUGAGAAUGAGAUCGCCGUCCUGCACAAGAUCAAGCACCCCAACAUUGUGGCCUUGGAUGACAUCUACGAGAGCAGCACCCACCUCUACCUCAUCAUGCAGCUGGUGUCGGGAGGGGAACUCUUUGACCGCAUCGUAGAGAAGGGUUUCUACACGGAGCGCGAUGCCAGCACGCUGAUCCGGCAGAUCCUGGAUGCUGUGCGCUACCUGCACGACAUGGGCAUCGUGCACCGCGACCUGAAGCCCGAGAACCUGCUGUACUACAGCCUGGACGAGGACUCCAAGAUCAUGAUCAGCGACUUCGGGCUCUCCAAGAUCGAGGGCUGCGGCACCGUCAUGGCCACAGCCUGCGGGACACCUGGCUAUGUGGCUCCUGAAGUGCUGGCCCAGAAACCCUACAGCAAAGCCGUGGACUGCUGGUCCAUCGGGGUCAUCGCUUACAUCCUGCUCUGUGGGUACCCCCCUUUCUACGAAGAGAACGAGUCGAAGCUCUUUGAGCAGAUCCUCAAGGCAGAGUAUGAGUUUGACUCUCCGUAUUGGGAUGACAUCUCAGACUCAGCUAAAGACUUCAUCAGACACCUGAUGGAAAAGGACCCUGACAAGCGUUUCACGUGCGAGCAGGCCCUGCAGCACCCCUGGAUUGCUGGGGACACAGCCCUGGACAAGAACAUCCACCAGUCAGUGAGCGAGCAGAUCAAGAAGAACUUUGCUAAGAGCAAGUGGAAGCAAGCCUUCAAUGCCACGGCUGUGGUACGGCACAUGAGGAAGCUGCAGCUGGGAACCAGCCAGGAGGGCCUAGGGCAGAUGACACCGAACAGCCCCUGCCAUGGGUUGGACUGUGAGCGGGUGUCAGCAAACAGAACCCCCCGCCUGCCCCCCAAAUGAGGGGGUCUGGAGAUCCCAUGGGCACAACACAGGGUAUGGGGUGGGUCCAUGGGGGUCCUGCUGCCUCCCCAUCUGCUCCCUUUUGGGGGGAGUGGUAAUAAGGGGAGGGCACCCUGCCCUGCUCCUCACCAUCUCCUGGAGCGAGCCCCACGGCUGUGCAAUCUGCAUGGGGAGCCCCCAGGAGUCCCCCCACCCCCCAGUAGCCAAUGGGGGCUGCAGCCCAGCCCCUUCCUCGCCCCUUCCUGCAUUUGUCCCCCAGCAUGUUCAAAGAGAAUUUUCCAAAUGGACGUUUCUAUUUUAUUCCUUGUAAUAAAGGAAAUAGACAAAC